AUGAUCUCAUCACUCACCCCAGCGACUCUGGUUGCUCUCCAUCCACCGUUGUUGAGGACGAUUGUCAAGACGGGAGUUUGCAAGCGUUUUUGGGCCCAGUAUGUCGCACAGGGGCUUCCAAACAUGAAGGCUCCAUCUCCAGUGAUGCUCACGAUGAGUGGUUGUGUCACCAUGCCAGAAUCUUGCUGUCUAGAACGCAAUAAUGCGCCGCCAGCCCAUCCAAGUCCGCUGCCACCCUUUCCAAGCGCUGUGCCCGGAUUGGUGAGUUGA